UUGCACCGGAAAUUGCGUUACGGCGAUGGGUGUGUAUCUCUAGUAUAUGUUCAAAAUCGGAAAAAAAAUUCUAAGGGACCGGUGAGAAUGGAGCUGAGGCCGUUGGUUAUGUGCUUCGCGCUGUGCGUGGUCUAUGCUUCCAGUAAACCAACGAGCGAGAAGAAGGACCGUGUCCACCACGACGACCCGCUUAGCAACCGCGACCAUGAUGAUGCAGAGAACUUUGAUUAUGACCAUGAGGCAUUUCUUGGACAGGACGAGGCUAAGACCUUCGAUCAGCUCACACCUGAAGAGAGCAAGGAAAGACUGGGUAUGUUGGUUGAACGGAUAGAUGAGGACAGUGAUGGGUACGUAUCAGUGGAGGAGAUGAAGAAGUGGAUAAAACACAGUCAGAAGAGGUGGAUCUAUGAUGACGUGGACCGCCAGUGGAAAGGUCACGACCUCAAUGGAGAUGGCCUGGUGUCAUGGGAGGAGUACAAGAACGCUACAUAUGGAUAUAUACUAGAUGAUCCGGACCCAGAAGAUGGCUUUAGUUACAGACAGAUGAUGUCACGUGAUGAGCGGAGAUUCAAAAUGGCUGACCAGGACACAGACCUGAAGGCAAAUAAAGAGGAGUUUACAGCCUUCCUCCAUCCUGAGGAGUAUGACCAUAUGAAGGACAUAGUUGUACUGGAGACCAUGGAGGACAUUGAUAAAAACGGAGAUGGGUUCAUAGAUCUAGAGGAGUAUAUUGGUGACAUGUAUAACCAGGAGGGUGACCCAUCAGAGCCAGAAUGGGUGAAGACCGAGAGAGAACAAUUUACUGAGUUUAGAGACAAAAAUAAAGAUGGCCGCAUGGACAAAGAGGAGACCAGAGAUUGGAUCCUCCCAUCAGACUAUGACCACGCAGAGGCAGAAGCAAAACAUCUGGUUUAUGAGUCAGAUAAUGACAAGGAUGGCAAACUGACCAAGGCAGAGAUCGUUGAGAAGUAUGACCUCUUCGUGGGUAGUCAAGCUACAGACUUUGGCGAGGCCUUGGCCAGACAUGAUGAAUUCUAAUCCUUCCACUUCCCAAACCGGGUUAGGCUCAGUUUCAGGUCGUUCCUGUUGUGGAGCUGAAAUCCCAAUUCCUAAAUAGUGCACUAUGGGUAAUGGAGUGACAUUUUCAUUCUGAUGCCUCUGACAAUAAUUUAUUUGAUUUCCUGGCCUGCUAUACACAUCCUGUUGUAAUGCAUGACUUUGGACAUCAGGAAACACCUGGUUCAGGAUUCACCUCCGUCACCCCCUCGUCCAAUCUGAACAAUGGGCAAGUUACACAGCAUUUCCUUAGUUUUGUCUUCGUUUGCAGAUCCAAUGUAAUUUCGUAAAAAAACUAUGUGUAGAAUACUACCGAGGUAGUAUUUUCAUUUUGGUAUCUUUAAACUAUCUACCAGGCAUGCAAUUUAUUGCAGAACUGUAUGUAUUCCGAUUGGGGUAAUUUAAUGUUUUAAUUCAGGAAUUCAAGUGAAUUAGAAACAAACUGAAUUGGUUCCACCCAUGGUGUAUAGCCUUGUGUGUCUGCUAUACACUUGACUGUGAGGCUGACGUAACACAGCUGACCACUCUAUGGACUACCUCCACAAACUGCUGUUAUUUGAUUGGCAGCAACAUUGUCCUAAUAGCCACACUCCAAAUGUGGCCCGGCUUUGCAAAGGCCAGAUUAGUGGUUGAUACCCCUGGAGUGGACCACAUCUGAGAAUCAUGAAGACUGUACCAGUGUGAUACGUCAGCACCGCCAGGACUGGGCUGGUUCUGCUAGGUCCUGACGGGUGCAGGGUUCAGUACCUAUGUGUGUGUUUGAGCUUGGUUGGGCUCUUGGUAGAUCACAUAACAUGACUUCAGUUUGAGAUCUUCCUGCUUCCUAAUUUCUGAAAACAUUCAUAGCCCCGUGAUUGUACAGGCUGAAGCAAAAAUGUAAAACCCUAGAAUUUAGGACGUGUCAUCUGUCUCUCUUCCCUUUCUGUGUGUCUCUCCACUGAGUGCCUCCUUUUUGUUUUAAGAAUCUACAGAAUCAUAUACUCUACCACUAAACACUCAAGCAUUCUAGACACUCAUGAACACUACAUAACACAUUCUAUGAACACACAUAUUACACUCAUCUUUGGAGGCUUACGGAGUCAGAAUUUUGCCUCUUCAGGUCCUUAGUUAUUAUUGUCGGACUAUAUAACUUACUGGAUGAUCCUUUAUAACCACUUUUAUUGAUCUGGUUGAACUUCACCGAAACCGUCUCUCGUAAGGGCUACAUAUUUCUGCCAUAACAAUGACUUAACAGAUGUUAUAUGCUAUGACUUCUAGUGUAAAGUAGAUUGUGAUUGGCAGUCACACUGUUGGUAUGAUAGUUAAUGACAGUUAUGAAGCCUCUAUGAUGGAGUGUUGUAGUAAAGUGUUUCCCUAUCUUAUAAAAUGAUAGAAUAUUAUGGUAAUCUGUAUGAUAUAACUGUUGUUUUUUUUACAUGCUCAAUGCGCCAUGUCUACCGCUAAUGACCAGUACUACCUUGUACAUAAGUUGUCACUUGUUGCCUUGUCAACAGUGUGAUAUUGUCAGUCAGGUGGAGAUGUUUUUUUCUGAUUAAAAGGAUGUGUGGAGUACCAA